CCCCUCUCUGCUGCCGGUGAUCGUCGAGUGAGCCGUCAAUGAGUCGCAGAGGGGCACCGGCAAAGGGUCGAUUUGCGGCCCAAGUCUGGUACGGAGCUAAAGGUUUCCAGCAACUGAUGCCCCUCCGUACCAGGAGUGUCCAUCGAGUCAUGGCCGCCGUGGGGUCCUGGGUCUAAUCACCGCGGAGGGGCCGCUGUAGAAGAGAGCUAUCGAGUGCCCCACCGUCCUCUGCUUUCCUGGACUGUAUCGCGACAUCUGGUUUGAUUGUGGCAAGGCUCUUAUUCCCUGCCAGCGAUCCUCUGCCUGCUUUAUUACCCAGGUCAUUCCCCAGCCUGCCGAAAUGGCAUUCAAAAUGGGCCGGAAGUUCGACCCGCAUCAGACGCUGAUAGAGAAGGUUACCUGGGACGUUGCGCGCAACUGCACGGAUAUUGCCUUGGAGUUUGCUCUGCUGGGAUACAUCGACAUCGCCACUUCGCUCUUCAACAUCACCGCGGACUUCAACAGCACCUGCAGAGCCUCCUGGAGUCCCGGGCUGUACUUUGCGUGGGAAGCGACCAACUCAUGGCCAGCUGCCAUCCCGGCUGAGGAACGAACACUGAAGUACCUCGCGAAGCUGGAAAACGAGAGGCUCCUAUGGAAACGAGAUACCCACAAGGAGGAGGGAGGGUUGGAGAAGCUACUCGAGACUGCCCAAGGAUAUGCCAAAGCAGCAGUUUGGGGGAGUGCGACGUUACGGCCUGACGACUACGCAGCGGCCCUGGACCUCGCUAUAUUCCAAGGCCGAAAGGACAAGGCGCAGGAGAUUGUAAAGACGAUUGCGGACAAUUUCCAUAUGAUGUACCGGGAAUUAUCAAAAUCGAGGCUGGCAUGGAGUAUGUUGAAGGAUAAAGUUGUAGCACAAGAACUCGGACUUGAUGACGGGAAGGUCAGGGCCUUUGGAGAGGAGGUACUGAAGACGUUCCAGAAGAGGAUAAAGGACGGCCCAUUACGGCGACCCUACGAGAACAAGUCGAUGAGAGAGCUCGUUCAGCUGUGUAACGAUAACACGCUCAAGAACGCCAUCUGGGAAGAAACCGAUUACGAUCCCGACAACCCUCCUACUACGAUUAUCCGCGAACCCGCCUCCGCUGAGGAAGUCACGGCUCUAGAGAGGAGGCUAGGUUGCAAGUCCGGCCUCCCUGACGACUUCAAAGAGUUUCUGUUGGUGAGCAACGGGCUGGACCAGUGGUGGAACGGUUUCUUUGGCGAGCCAGAGCUCAGCGGCACCGACGCUGUACGCAUCUACGAUGCCCAGGGGCACCAACAGGAAUGGGACGAAGAGGGCAUCGACUUGACCAACAUCCCAGGUCUCCCAUUCAAAACGGUUUGGCCAAAAUUCGAUCACACAGUGCUGAUCAACGCGGGCGACGCGGAGACGGUAUUGGUUUGGAUGAUUGAGCCAGAAGUCAUCGAAGUGGCCCGUAAGCUAUUGUGGGAGACAUACGAAGAGUCGGACGAGGAAACGAAGAAGCAGUUCAUGGAAUGCCUCAAUGCUGCGUAUGGUAGUAAAGAAGGGAGCGACGAGCUGACCUGGCUGAUAAUCUCGUGGUGUCCGCAAGCAGCCAAGAUGCAGACUUUUAGCUGCUUCCGGGAGUUUCUGGAAUAUCUAGCGGGCGAGACGGCGCGGGAGGAUACGAUGGAUGAAGAGGAUGCGCAAGGCAGGCCGCUGUAUAGUCAUGAUGUCUUCGCGUAUGGGCUCCGGUAAUACCUGGAGGAAGCCGGAGUCUGUCGUUCUAUCUCUACAGGGUUUAUAUAAUGCAUGAAACUGGGCGUUUGAUUCGAUACGUAGCCGUCCUUGACACCGUCAACUCCAUCUUCACACUAUACCAUCAUGCCACUGUCCUCAUCUCACAAGCCAACACCCGGCCAGAUAUUGUCGAACUUGUGCGGGAUUGGCUAGG